UUGUUAAUAUAUCAAACAAAAUAUAUUAUUUCCACACGAACCUUGAGUAAUUUAUAUUAUUUCAAUAUCCUACAUAUUUUAUUCUAUCUAUUGCCAAAAACUUCUGCACCUAGUUGAUUACUUGGUAUACUUUUUGUUCAAUCUAUUCUCAUAUAGCCCGACAAACACAAGGGAUACAGAUUUUUUUAUUUUCUCGAAGAUCAUCAAAAAAUCAUAGUUACGAUCUCUUACUCCCAUCCCUGUACAUAUUCUGAAUUCUAUCUUCUCUUCAAUUUUGUUUUGUGGAAGCAGUUGUUGCUGAUCUGAUUGUUGUAAACAGGGUGGGACUUGGGUGAAAAGUGCUGGUUAAAAUGGAGGAAUUAAUAAUACUACAUUUAAAAGUGAAGACCCAUGCAACUGUCAAAAUUGAUAUAAAGAAGCGCGCCGCUCCGUUUUCGUUUCGUCAGCUGCGUCUCGCUAUGGAACCGGCGGGAGAUUAAUCCCGGAGGGGAUGCUUACGGUGGAUUGCGGUUAAGUGCAGUGUAGUGCUAGUGUUGUGAACGUGAUUUGAGUAGGAGUGUUACAUAAGGGUCGGGAUGCGUAGAGUCGGAAGCCCGCCCUGACGCGGCGCGCCGGCGGCCGCGGCGGGCAAGGCGCGUGUCAUGGCCCCGGCCCUGUCCGCGACAACCCGUACAUUCGAUUCAUCAGACAACGCGGAAAAGCCGUUAUUCCAUCGACGGGCGCUUGCGUCCGUCGAUAACCUAUCAGCACCCAUGGAGGAAGACGAUAUGGGGCUCCAGAGCCAGCCAAGUCUCGCCAAAGACUCCCAGGAAAUGGAGCAGAUCUUAGUUGAACUAGGGAACAGUGAUCUAGCCCCUGACUUGCUCCAAGCUAUCAAAACUCUAGAAGGAGGAGACGGGCUGUCAACUGGUGACACUGAUGCUAUAUUUCCUCUGUCUGGCUUUGAUUUGACUGACACAGUUGAAUCUGAAGGUGAUGCAGCUGAGGAUAAAAUAAGAUUAAUUCAGGCACGCCUUGAGAGAAGAUGUGCAUUUUUACAAAGGCGUCUAAGAAUAUUACAAGCUAGAGCUAUUGGUAAAAGAAUAUCGGAAGAGGCGGCUCAGACUUUUGAGAAGUGUGCUCGGGCUGCCCGGAAGGAUGGAGGAGGUAGGCCAAUGGGAUUGAAAGCCUUUUUGAAAAGGGUAGAGACAACAGCAGCUUUACAGGCCAGUGCUGCAUCAAGAUCAGUUGUUGGGCCUAAGUAUUAUCGUGCAGGGACAUCAAAGGGGGAUGCAUCAAGGUCUGCCUCUGUGGGGAUACCAUCUGGGACUCUCACUGGGCUGGAGGAUACUGCUGGCGCCUUGCGUUCCCAUUUGUCAAUGGUGAAGCAGGAGCUGGAUUCGGAUGCAACAGCGUCCUCAUCUGGAGCUGAGAGCAAUGACGAGGCAGUGGUCUACAACAACCCACAUCAGCAACACAUGCCCAUUGAGAAACGAGCUCUAUGGUCGUGGCAGAGAACCCGUGCGUCCAUCGCGUCACGCUGGUGCUGGCUGCAGGCGCAGGUUCAGGAGUUGGAGUACAAGAUCCGUCAGCACAAUGACCUCCAUAAGCAGGUCCGCGAAGCUAAAGGUCCCGUGGAGUUCGAAGGUUCGCCUGUGGGCUACGAAGGGUGCCUCCCAGGGUCCCCGUUGGCGGACGAUGACCCCGCGACCGAGACUUGCGCGAGACAUCGCCCUCUCAAGAGGGAGACCUUCCGGAAACGGAAGUUGCUGCAGAUGCACAAUCUGCAUAUAGCCACCAAUAAAGCUGCUAAACCGUCUGACGUCAGAUGCAGCUGCCAGUACGACGUGGAGAGUUGCGCAGUGUGCACGGGCCGCGCGGAGCCCACAGCGCCGCCGCCGCCGCUCAGCGCGCUCGGCGCCGCGCAGCGAGUGGCCGCCGCCGACUGCGGCUGCCAUCCCGUGCUCAGUGACGUCACAGACAUCCCGGCGUCGACGCACAUAGCGGCGCUGUGCUCGCGGCCGUGGUUCCGGCCGCUACAGAAGGCCCGCGCACCCCCCUCCCGCCUCGACCCCGCGCCCCGUGCCAAGCACGCGCGCAGGCAUCCGCCACGGUUGAAAAGAGGAAGGCCGCCGUUGUCGCGCAAAAUAAAAGAGAGAGAACGCGAGGAGGACAACACUACACCGUCUGGACAGGAAAGGAGCCGCGGUCGAACAAGUACUGAGAGUCGCCGCCGACAGUCAUACGACAUCGACAACAUCGUGAUCCCGCAGAGCGUGGCCGCCAACACCCGCCCGCAGAUACUCACCUACAAGGAGAUCAUCACGCCCAAAUGGCGAGUGUUAGAAAUUCCAGAGAUGCCGUUGAAUAACGGUGUUACAAGAUCAAGUAGGAUUUCAUUCGAGAGCGAGGAAGAAGACGUAUCGGAAAACGCAGUGCACGCGCGCCACGUCCUAGCGGAGCGACGCGAGCGCGCGCGCUACCUACGCGGCGCCGCCGGCCGCCGCGCGCGCCACCACGCGCUGCUCGCGCACGCUGACGCCGCGCCGCGUGAUGACGUCACGCCACGUGCUGACGUCACGCCGCAGCUGCCGACUCCGCCACUCGCCCCGCCCGCCACGCCCGCGCCGCCCGGCGAGACAGUGCGGCCGUACUCGCCGCGUCAGUUCCCGCUAGCGGAGCACACGUACAUGGGCAUGCUGUCGGCCAUGCCGGCCGGAUUCCGGCCCGGCAGCCCCGCCGGCCCCGGCAGCCCCGCCGGGCCCGGCAGCGCCGCCGACCCCGGCAGCGCCACCGGCCCCGGCAGCGUCGGCAGCGCCGGCAGCGUGGGUGCGCCGCCGCCCGCCGCCGACGAGGACAACAGCAGCACUCUCUCUCCCAUGUCGCCCCUCAUCUUCGACGGCGACGACCCUGAUGACGUCGAAUGGGAUCCCAGCAGCGAGAAAGCAGAGCGGAGAAAAAGUGCGUUCAGAUAAAUACAGCGGUGUUGUGUCGCCAGUGAUAUUUGAUCAAAUGGUUCGGAACAUUUUGGAUAAGAUUUGAAUUUCAAGGAAAUUAAGCAACGAAGUGUCCUCGUUUUGAAGCGAUAAUGAUAUGAAAAUAGGAAGAGAAAUGUGGAUUAUUCAUAUAAUAUGUAUGUGAUUAAUAUCUGGAUAAACAUCAAUGUUGAAGUAGUGAAAACAGAUUUUUUCUAGUUGCAGUUUUUUCUUGUAAGAUUUUUUUGACAGAAAGCUAUUGAUUUAACAUUGCCUUAAAUUUCAUUCUUUGUGUAAUUAACACAAAGCGACGAGGAAAUAAGGAGACAAUAAGGAGUUGUAAUUUAUUUUUCUAUUGCAACACAGAUGACAUUAGAUAUCUCCUGUACUAUAUGAAUAUCUUUCUUUGAAAUAAUUGAGAUAUUUUGAGAAUAUCCUGUAAAUAAUUGUGUAUAUUUAGUUGCAUUCAUAAGAUUUCAUAUAUAUGGUUUUUUUGGUUCAAAUUUAUAGGUGUAAUAAUUUUUAAUAUGGUUUUGAGAAAAGGUUCCAUUUUCAGUUUAUUAUGAGCAAAAGUAAGUCCAAUUAAAAAUAAAUUAAAGUUAUAUUAAUUUUAGCUUAAUUGGGUAAUAAAACUAAAAUUAAUCUGUAUGUAAUAAUCUUUGGAAAUAUUUCAAUACUUCUAUAUUGGUUAUUUGGUUGGAUAUUUACAUGUUGAAUUAAUUUUGAGGAAGAAAUUCUCUUAAUCACUGGCGCCAGUUAUUUUUAACAGAUUUAGGUUCUAAAGGUUUAUAGUGCACCUAAUACUGAUUAAUGCUACUAUUAUGUCUAUGUCAAAAUUUUAUGGUUGCCAACUUUGUUCAGACAAUGAAACUAAUUGGUGCAUGGAUUAUUAACAACAAAAAAAUGUACAGAAAUUGAUUUUUCAUUUACAAACAUUAAUGUACUCUGUAAUUAGUAGUUGGCCCUGUGUACCAAUUAGAUGUUGCUCUGAAAUUAAGUUAAUGAUAAGUUGAAUUAUUAUUUGACUAAACUAAUGAAUUAAUGCAUUGUUUUAAAUGAACUAAAGUAUUUAAUUUGAAGCCCAAAAACAACUAAAAGCUUUAUUGUUUAGAUGUAUAGAUGUACUAAGCAUAUAAAUAGUAAGUGUAUUAUAAAUUGUAAAAACAAUUCAUUUAACUUUGUUGAUUAGUGCAUGCGGACAUUUUGUUUGCAGUGAAUAAUUUAAAAUGUGUUCAAACAUUCCUGUCUAUUUAUAGUCUGAAAGGUGAAAGCUUUGGGAGGUUUCGCCAUUUCGUGAUGUAAAUUAUUUCAUAUAGUGAACAGUUUUGAUUGCAUCAUAAUCAUGACUGACUGAGCUCACAAAAAAAAAACAGAUUCAUUUUCUUUUUAGCUGGUUUAAUACACAUUUUUAACAUAAUCCCCAAAUCCGCAUGUGUAUAAUAUUUACAUACAUAAAUUUAUUGUAAGUUAAGGCAUAUACCUAUUGGGCAAUAAUUGAUUACGAAUAUUAGUUACGAAUUUUCAUCCAUUUUCAUUUGAUGAUAGAUACAAUAUAGAUAUUUUCAGUUAUUGCCUAAUGAGUGCUACUUUAAUUUUAGGUAAUCUUAUAAGAAAGCCCUUCGUUGCUUAGCGACAUUUUAAUAGACAUUUGGGCACUGAAUAGUAACUUAUAGACUGGCUAAAAUACGAGUUAUGCGAAUCUCUGAAAGAGGAAAAAUUUUGGUCCGUGAAUGUGGAAUGUAGCCAAAUUAUCGCAUGUAUAUUGUAUACUAUGAAGAAUGUUUCGUUUGUAGAUAGCGAAUAUGAGUGAUGUUCAACUAUCUGCGAAUUCGAUUGUAAUGUAAUAAGUGUUAUGUGAAUAUAACUAAUAUCAGAUGCAACAUGUUAGUAUGUUAGAAUUAUUUAUCUCAUUCAAUAUGCACUAAGUGUGAGAAAUACAUACUUUACGAUUCUUGAAAUAAAUAUUAUUAAUGAUAUCACAAAGCCAGUCAAGUUUCCAUAAGAUAACAGCUUCUUUGAAAUGAUGAAUUCUUAAUUUGGUUAUUUAAACAGAUUCAUGGGCUUAUGCAAAAACCUUUUCUGCCAUUGGAAAAAAUACUAGUCAUCUGUCACAUCGUGAUCAAAUUACCUGGCACUACUUUCCAUACAUAAAACAUUGCUAAAUGAAGAAAAAAUGUAUUGCAGGAUUGUUGAAUGUAAAGUUUGAAAUUUAUUUCGUGUUUUCUACAAGCUUAUCCCGUUGUGCUUUUAACUGUAACUUAAAUGUACAUACAUAGUUUCUCUAAGAAUGUAUUUGAGAACUUUCUUUUAAAGGGAAGCCAAAGUCUUCUUGUUUUUAUUAUGUAAGUGUAGUAUAGGUUUUUUUAAGGUGACGAUAUGAGUCGAAUGCUUGAAAAAGGGAAAGUGUAUGAUAAAUAAAAGUUAAAUUUCAAUGAGUU